GCCUACGUGAGAGACCCUCGUGAGCCCAGCUAUACAACCUCCGCUCCUCCUCGAUCCCGUCCUCGUUCACUCCGCAUCCGCAGCUGAAUUUCCGCCGUCUCCACCGCUCAGUCCCCCGGACCGCCGGACUUCUCCUCGCCUUGCCAUGGCAGCCACAACACUGAGGGCGCAGCUCAAUGCUCAUAUCACCGGCAUGUACACUGAUGGUGUCGUGGACGAGGACACGUUCGAGGAGCUGCGGGACGAGGGCACCGCCGUCGAGGUCUCCCGCCUCUUCAUCUACGACGCCUCCAAGAUCAUCGACGACAUCGACAUCCUGAUGGAGGAGCCCGAAGUGGACUUUGAUGAGGUGGAAGCCCUGACGCAGCAUCUCAUGCGGUGCACCUCCAGGUGAUGACCAACAUAAACCCUUUCUCUCUCUUCCACCUGCUUAUUUUUAACUCUAUGUUUGUUUGCCCACUGCAUCAAUGUCGUGCGAUUCAGAUCUGUUUAUCAUACUGGGCGAGUGAUUCUUAUUUGUCGGUUGCACUGCCCCAUAGGCGUAAUUAGAAGAAUCGAGUUUAGUUGCGUUUAGUGUAACGGAGUUACCGGUAUCCCGAUAAAUAUCAAUGAUGAGGAUAAAUUGUUGUCGUUUUCGGAAUAUUCCUGGUAUUAAUGAUCUUCUAUUCCGUGUAUUACUAAUGGUGGUUUUUCUAGUAUUAAUGUUCUGCUAUUCUAUGUAUCUCUAAUUGUGUUUUUUCUAGUUUGUCCACGGCAUUGAUGUUGUUCUUUAUUUGGAU